UCUAUAAAAAAAAUUAAUUCCACAGGUACCGCCAAUUAUUGUAAUAAAAGGACAACACCGGUCAAGGCAGAAGAAGGUCUCACUGGUAGGCUUUCUAAUGAGAGUGACACAGCUGUUGGGUGCUAUGGAGACACCAGCAGCUAUUCUUCUGAUGUUCAUGAAGCUCUGGAUGCAGAAGGCCGUUGUAUUAUCACCCUGCAUAAAAUAAGGUAAAUUGUUACAAUGUGCUGAAGGUGUUAAGUAACUUAAAGUAUCAAAUAUUGUCAUAGGUCAAUGUUCACUGCACAAAUAUUAUGAAGGUAUUUAUGUAACCUUAAUAUGAAUCUUUGCUCUGGGUUAGGUAUCCUCAAAAGGACCACCAACAUAUUAUGUAAUUAAGUCUGUAUAUAUCAUGUUUUUGCACUGCUUCAGGUUGCCGACGACGAGUGAAGUGAAAGACCUGGCCAUCAUCAAUGUGUAUGUUCCUCGUGCUGGUGACAGAGAAGACAGGCUCUUGUACAAACUAAAAUUUCUCUCUGUUUUACAGAGCAGAUGUGAAGCAUUGCUGCAGAACAAGAUGUAAGAUGCACCCCAAACAAUCAAAUGAAUUGUAAUAAUAUUUUGCUUGGAGAGUUCUAUAAUGCUUAAUUUAUCAGCUAGGGUUUCUCAAGCAGAAUCCUGGUCCAAUUUUAGUAAAUGAAAGACUUUCCAGGAAUUCCCAUGGUCAUGAGAAAUGCUGGUAUAAACUUUUAGAAUACAAUUUAAAUUUUUUUUUUUUAAAUUUCAGCAAGUCACAGAUUGUUACAAUUGUUUUUAUAAACUAUAAGCCAGGACCUGUAAAAUCUAGUUAAUUGCACUAAAUUAUUAAGCUCAAUAUCUCUAGUUAGUAGGUUCUCAAGUGUCUUAAAGUCACAAUUAAAGUGACCCUACCACAAGUGGCCAAACUUUCAACAAGCCUUAACAUCGUUUUUCAUUUGUUAAAAGACUAUAAAAAUAGAUUAUUAAAACUCCCUCUUUCAUCAUUUAAUCAUGUUAAAUAUUAUAUUUUAUAUAGGCUUAAUACUAGAGACCGACCGAAUUUCGGCUUCGGUUUCAGCGCCGAAAUUUGACAUUUGAUCACUUUCGGCAUAGUUUCGGUUUCAGACGAACUUAAAAAUAACUUUCGGCAUAGUUUCGAUUUUGGCCAAAAAUGAAAAGUUAACUUUCGGUUUUAUUUCGGUUUCGGCCGACAGUGAUUGAUGCUUUUGGUCGUAUACCAGAAGUCAGACUGACUGCCUUUAAUCGGGCAAUCCGAUAUUCAUUAUUACUCAACGCUUUGCUGUCAUCGUAUGUAAUAUGACUUAUCAACGAAAACAGCUCACAGCUACGUGAUGACCUACUUGUCCUUUAUUUCCAAAAAAUAAUUAUUAAUUAGGCUUAAGCAAACGUACUAGAUUUGUGGAAAAACAAAUACUGGAAUGGUAAUAUUUAUCUUAAUAAUUUUGUUUUAAUUUUUUCAAAAAUAAAAUUUGGUGGACCUAAGUUUAUUCAAUUCAUUUUGAUUUAUCAUUAUCAUGCUCAAAAAUGUUGUUGUAGGCAAAUAAUAUUAAAUGAUCCAGGGAAUGUUAAUAUUUCUAUUAUUUUUUGUUUGUUUUAUGCUUAAAAAGGAAAAUUAGGGAACUUUAGGCUUAUUCAAAUCAUUAAUUCAUUGAAAUUCAUCAUUGUCAUGCUGAUAAACUUUGUUAUUGACGAAAUAACACGUUUGCAUGUAUAACUGGUUCAUAAUAAUAAUAAUUAUGUAAUAGGCCUAUUGCAGACCUGUUUACUUUUAUGAUUUUGGCGACCAAUGUAAGAUUUUUAGGUUUUUUACCUUUCUACGCCGAGACGCAUCAAUACUACUAUUUUAAGAGACCCGGUUAAAAAUUAUAUCUCCUCCUCCCCCCCCCCCCCCCCCCCCCUCAAUGAGAGUGGGGGAGGUUGGUCACCAAACGAAAUUAUUAUGUCACAGCACAGAAAGACUAGUGUGUUGGUACUAGGCUAAAUAUUAAUACAGUGAUAUCUUGCCAGCUGUAUAUGAAAACACAAAGCUUUCGUAUGACAAUAACCGCAAAACAUAGCAGUAUUUUUAUAUCCUUAAUGACAGAUUUUUAGGUGAAAUUUGGCUCUGUUAGAGACUUUCAGCAUAUUUGAAAUAGUAUGGUUUAGCGGCACAAAUGCUUCCUUCAAGACUUAUAUCUGUUCAUUUAAGUGAACCAUACCAAUAAAACAUGGAUAGUUGCAUAGGUUAAGCUUUCGAUCUGUACCAAAUAUGUCUAGGUAGUGUUGUAAUUAUAUUGUAUGAAUUUUGCGCAUUGCAAAUCCCAUCUACAUGCAUAGGAGCCAAAAUGAUCAAUAAAUUGAUCGUGGGCCCUUAAGAUAUAGAAGAAGAAGAAGUAGUAUGCAUGAACAAAUUUCAAAAUAUCAAAUUCUUUCGGCUUUGGUUUCGGCCAAGAGUCUCAUUAAACUUUUGGUUUCAGCCGAACAUCAUUUUUAACUUUCAGCCUUGUUUCGAUUAUGGCUGAAAUCAGAAAAUUAUUUUCAGUCGGUCUCUACUUAAUACCAGGAAAUCUCAGGAUGAGAGUUACUUUCAUCCCGUUUUUCCGGGUUAAGCAAAACCCUGGGAAUGAGAAACCCUGUUAUCAAAAUUUAGAAAUAGUUGCUCAAAAAUAAUCUGUAAGCUAAUAAUGCUAUUCUAAACAAAGUAGAAAAUGAAGUUUCUUUAUAUAACAACACAUUUAAUCUCUAAUCCAAAUUAUCAUUAUUUUACUUAACAUUUAUUUUUUAGUUUAAUUUUGACAUUUUUAUUUAUUUAAGACUUUUUGUUUGAGCCAAAACAAAACCAGCAGUUGUAAUUUCUUGUGGUUUACUCAAUGAUUGAAAAAGUUUUUGUUUCUUUCUGCAUUAAGUCAUGUGAUUGUACUUGGUGACCUGAAUCUGACCCAUAAAAACAUCGACAACUGUGAACCAGAGACAGAUGUGAGUACGGUUUCAUUCAUGACUGAAGUUAUUGUCUUAUUAAUAUUGCUUUUGAUUAUGAAAUUAAAAAUCAUACCCCUUAAAAAAAAAAUUACAAUCAGACAUUAAAGAAUUAAAAUUGUGCUAAUACUUCAUUUUUUUUCUUACGUUAAUCAGUAAUGCUUAUUAGAAAUUAUAGAGGAAGACAUAAUGUCUAUGGUCGGCUAAAGACUCAAUGAAAAAUGUUUUGAUAUCAUCAACUACAUCAGUAAAAAAAAAAUAGAACAAGUUUUCAAAUAAAACUCUAAAUUAUUGAAGUAAUGAAGAAACAGCUUCAACUGAAUGAUAAUUUAUGUUUCUUUUCAUUGAUUUUUUCAGGUAAAUUGUUCAACCCUACCUUGCAAAAUCUGGAUGAAUGAGAUGUUACAGAAGUCAGAACGUGAUUCUUCUUUGCCUCGCUCCGAUGGCUACCUGCACGAAACCUCACUUCCAGGGCUGAAGGGAGGCCACUUUAGUGACAUUUUCAGAUUUUUAAACCCUAAUCAAGAAAACGCUUACACAAACUGGUGUACUACAACUGACCACAGGAAGACCAACUACGGCCGAAGGUUGGACUACAUUCUGGUGGACACCGAACUGGCUCAGUUUGCUACAGAGUGCAAAAUCAUGACUGAUGUUGAGGGCUCUGACCAUUGUCCUGUCAUUUUGACCUUGAACUGCGAAUCCAUUCCAUCACCAACUUGCCCUCAGCACUGUUCAAAGUUUAUGCCAGAGUUCAAAGGUCAGCAGCAGAAGUUGUCUUCCUUUUUCUUAAAGGCUGAAAAGAAGGUUAAAAAAACUUCAGAAUUAGAUUCUUCUCCAGACGAUGUGCUGCUAUCCAGUCAAGAAAGCAAUUUAAGUGCAGGAAUGUCAGAGUCACUAACUUCAGUGUGUGACCAUAAGGUCAAAAGGGAUUUUGAGCAAGCAGGUCUCAAGACUGCCAUUAAAAGGGAUGCUUCUGCAGCUGAUAAAAGCAACAGCAAAAAAAUAAAAAUUGACUCCAAUAAAAUGGAUGGCAGACAGGUCAGCUUGACCUCAUUUUUUACAAAGUCAUCAAGUAGGACAUCUUAUGCUGGUAAUUCUGGUGUAACAUUAGCAUCUCAACAUGAGAGUGCACUGACCACUAUAUCUGGCAGUGUUGAUUUGUUAGAUACUUCCCAAUUCUCAGAAACUUUCAGUUCACAGAAGAGCUUGUCUGGCAGUUCUAGCAGUCAGGAAAGCUCAACUGCACUGGAAGGUCAAAAUUCACAAAACUCAGAAGCUUCUGAGACCAACAGUUCAAAAAACAACAGCCAAGCGUGGAAGUCAUUGUUAAAAGGUCCAGCCCCACCUCCCCUCUGCCCUGGCCAUAAGGAACCAUGUGUUCUGAAGACUGUCAACAAAAAGGGUCCAAAUAAAAACAAACAAUUUUAUGUGUGUUGUCGACCCGAUGGGGCCCCAGGGAAUCCAGAGUUUAGAUGUAAUUUCUUUCGUUGGCUUGAUGACAGACAUAAGAAGAAAACUUGA